AAAAAAAAAAAAAAAAGAAAAGAUUAUUUCAACCACCUUAAUCCAGGGAUCUUUAGCGGCCAAUUAAAGGCUUUGGUCAAUUCUAAGCAUUGCACUUACUGUAUUGCAGACCCAUGGCUUCCUAUCCAUUUCUUGAUAAAAACAGCAGAAUUUGUAGAGAAAAAACGUGCAAAGUUUGUUUUCUGUGGGACCUCAUUUAUCUGUAGUAUAAUGUCCUUUGCCUCUUUUAAGAAUUUAACAUACAAGUCUUUCUUAAGCCACGCCUUCAAUAGAACUAUUAUUAAGCAGCUUCAGUUCUCAUUUUUAGAAUCCACCACCAUUUACUUUAGUUCAUUUUGCAUGUCCUGGAAUUGGACCUUUUUUAUAGAUUAGAAGAAAAAAUUAACUGAAGUAUUAAGAUAUAACAUACACACAUCCAUUUUUUAAAAAUAAGGCCAAGAAAUUCUAUGACGUCAGGGAGUUUGAGACUGCUGAUCAGUCAAGCUGUUACCAUCCCCAGGGGACAGAAUGCAAAGGAGAUAAAGAUCUCAGUGGUUUGUCCUCACCUUCUGGGAAACAAAUGCUCAAAUUUAGCUUAUCUAAUCCUGGGAUUGACUAUUUUAAAAAAUAUAAACUCCAAUAUAUAAAAUCAUUUCUCAUUCCUUUUCACAGGUUAUCCUAUACACCUCAGAUGGAGCUUUUUUUUUUUUUCCUUGACUGAAGAAGUUUUACCUUUUGGUGGGAAUUACUUCAAGUAAAUAUCAUCUAACAAACUGUCUCACUUCCUUUAGUUUAUUUCAUUCUCUUAAGAAUUCUACUAUUAUGGGUCGGCUAGGUACUGAGUGUGCCAGGCUCUACAGAGUGAGGACUUCAGUCCAAGGUCAUGGCAAAAUAUCUGAAGUUCAUUGCCAGGACUGUGAUGGCACAGGAAGGGAACGUGGAAAGCGUAAACAGAAACCUAAACAGAAUCCUCACUAUGGAUGGGUUCACUGAGGACAUAAAGCAUUGGCGGUAUUAUGAGAAGUCAUGCCUCCUGCAACAGAGGGAAAGCUAUGAAAGGUGUCGGCAAAUCUACAACAUGGAAGUGGCUUGCAAGAUCAACUUCUUGAUGCAAAAGAAUUGGGUAGAUCCAUGGCAGGGUUGCUGAGGCCUGUGGGACACCCAGUGUGAAACCCUCAUCCAGUUUUGUCUCAGUUUUCUUUGUACAAUCCCAUUUCCUAUUACUGUUCUCUAUAAUAAACUCAAACACGUUUGCAAGAAGGCCUCCACAUAUAGACACA